CAGGGCAUCAAGACGGUGAUGGGUGGGUGGUCAGAGUAUUCAGCCAACUAGAAUGUUGCAGAAAGCAAUUUAAGGAAUAGAGCUGGCAUGAUUCCCCAGUCUACGUGACAGCAUCUCGUGUCGGUCCUUCACAGCACUUUUCUACCUGAAAGUUAGGACCUCGGGAACUUCUACCCGGUUAGACAGGGGAAGAAUGUUGUCCAACUAUAGGUUUGUGUUUCCUGGAACCGUAUCCAUAAAGCAUCUCAGAGCAGGAGUGCUGAUCUAGGAUAAUUUUUGCCUUUGAAAUCAUAACAAAUAAGAUUACAUGGACACGGACGACUGAGGAGAGGAGACUGGUAAGCGUAGCAACAUCAAACCAGAGGUGGCAAUGGCGUUAGCAACAACUGUAUUUUGACUGUGAAGAGACGUGCAUGAACGGAAAGCCAAGUACAAGAGGCAGCCCAGUUAAGGGUUUGGCAAGUCUCUCUCUUCUCUCCGAUCUCUCCACUAGCUAGUCCAGCGAAUUAACUCAUGACUGCUACAGAGGGAUGGAGAGAGUUGCGGAGAUAGGGAGGGAGGGAGACAUGUAGGAAGACAAAUGGAAUAUAUAGAGACAGAAGGGGAGAGGCAAGGGGUAGCUGGAGAAGGGAUUUAUAGAUAGAUGUAGAGAGGGAAAUGAGGCAAUCUAAUUGCGGCGUCUCGCAGAGCCACUCGCCACAGUGACUUGCUAAUCUGUAAAUCUCAUGUAGAGCACUUUCCCUGUAGACCAGAGUCCACUGCAGACUGUCUGGACAGUGGCCACAUAGCAGUCUGGAAUCACACCCAACCCAUGUGGACUUAAUAAGAGAGGGAUGGGGAAAGAGGGAGGGACAGAGAGAGCGAGAAGAGGAUGAGAGAGCAAAAAAGGAAGGAUAUCGAGAUGGAUGACUAUGAAAGUGAUGAUGGAGAAAUGGGCAACAUAUGAAAAGGAGAGCAUUGGGACGGAGGGAUCCGAGGAGCGAGAGAGACGGAAAUGAGGGAGGACAAGAAGACAAAAAAGAGCUAGACUUAAACAGAAGGACAGGGCAAGGGCAUGGAGAGAGGGAUGAAACGAGGGUGAAAGAGAAAGAUUUUGAGUAGUACAAAAGGAGAAAGUAUAAGUAAGAGGUGAAAAGAAGAGAGCAAAAGGAAGGAGGUAGGGCGAGAGAUCCCCCCCCCCCCUCGUAGGUCUGUCCUUUCUGUGAAAAUCAACCUAUUCCAGGAAUGAGAGAGGGAGAGGAGCGCACAAACACUCAGCAUGUCUGAGACUGCCCUCUGAUGUCACCAGCAAGAGAGAGAGAGAGAGAGAGAGAGAGAGAGAGAGAGAGCGAGAGAGAGAGGGGAGGGGACACAGCCAGAGAGCGAACCGAACACAGUGAGUGUGAGAAAACAGAGAGGUGGAGACUGAGAUCACUGUUCCGGUAUCUGCUGUGGACUGAGGCUGUGUUUUACUGAGUGUGUUGUGUCAGUGGUGGAGAGUUGAGCUCCGGAUCAGUGAGGCUGCUCUAGCAGAUCUAGUUAGCAACGCGCCAUCCGGAAAGCACAACCGAUGGUCGACGUGAGCAUGGCACUGCCCUUGCAGGUGCCCCCGGCUGCCAUUCCCAUGGACCUCCGCCUGGACCAGCCCUUUGGCCUAGCACCACGACCAGAUGACCAGUGCCACCAAGGACAGGUCCCAGGUCAGCGGGAGCAGCAGCUGCAGCAGGAGUUGCUGGCCCUCAAACACAAACAGCAGAUCCAGAGACAGGUGCUCAUCGCUGAGUUCCAGCGGCAACAUGAGCAGCUCUCACGCCAGCACGAGGCCCAGCUACAGGAGCAUGUUAAGCACCAGCAGGACCUCCUGGCUCUGAAGCAUCAGCAGGAGCUGCUGGAGCACCAGAGGAAGAUGGAGAGACACCGCCAAGAGCAAGAGAUAGAGAAACAUCAGAGGGAGCAGAAACUCCUGCUGCUUAAGAACAAGGAGCGUUGCCAGGAGAGUGCGGUGGCCAGCACAGAGGUCAAGAUGAGGCUGCAGGAAUUUGUCCUGAACAAGAAGAAAGCCCUGGCCCAGCGCAGCCUCAACCACUGCAUGUCUACUGACCCACGCUAUUGGUACGGGAAGACCCAGCACAGCUCCCUGGACCAUAGCUCCCCUCCCCAGACAGGGAUGUCCACUUACAACCACGCCAUCCUGGGGAUGUACGACUCCAAAGACAACUUCCCUCUCCGCAAGACAGCCUCUGAGCCCAACUUGAAGCUCCGGUCCAGGCUAAAACAGAAGGUAACGGAGCGCAGAAGUAGCCCACUUCUACGCAGGAAGGACGGUCCAAUUACCACCGCCAAGAAGCGCUCUCUGGACAUGGCUGAAUCGGCCUGCAACAGCGCUCCUGGCUCGGGCCCCAGUUCGCCCAACAACAGCUCCAGUAACAUCACCAAUGAGAAUGGCAUCGCUGGCUCCAUGUCCAGUAGUUCAGUAGAGGCCUCCCCGGCCCACAGGCUGGCUGGCCGAGAGGGCCCCUUGAGCCAGCUGUCUCUGUACACAUCGCCCUCGCUGCCUAACAUCACCCUGGGCCUGCCAGCCACCGGCCCUUCCAGCGAAGGUGACAGGCUUUCAAUGCACGAUAGGCUGCAGCAGGGCUUCCCCAUAACCACUCCCUUCAUCCCAGGGGCCCACAUGCCCUCCUACCUGACCGACGGGGGCUCGGCACACAACCCCCUCCUCCAGCACAUGGUCCUCCUGGAGCAGUCCCAGAACCCUCUAGGUCUGUCCUGCUGCCUGGGCGGAAUGCCCCUGCAAUCGUCCUCCAUCCACAAGCUGCGUGGGCAGCACCGUCCCCUAGGGAGGACCCAGUCGGCCCCUCUGCCCCAGAACGCCCAGGCCCUGCAGCAGCUGGUGGUCCAGCAGCAGCACCAGCAGUUCCUGGAGAAACACAAGCAGCAGUUCCAGCAGCAGCAACUCCACAUCAACAAGAUGAUGGCCAAGCCCAGCGAGCCGGGGCCGGGCCGGCAGCACGAGAGUCACCCGGAGGAGACAGAAGAGGAGCUAAGGGAGCACCAAGCCCUAUGUCCCCAGGACGGAGGUCUCAUGUGUGGAGUGACAGUCAAGCAGGAGCCCCCGGACCCCCAGGAAGAGGAGAGGGACCACAGAGACAGGAUAGUUGACCAGGAGCUGCUCUUCCGACAGCAGGAUGUGUUGUUGGAGCAGCAGAGAAUCCACCAGUUGAGGAACUACCAGGCUUCGAUGGAGGCAGCCGGCCUGUCAAUCACCUUCCCAGCGCACCGCCCCCUCUCCAGGGCCCAAUCAUCUCCUGCCUCGGCUUGCUUCCCCCCCGUCGUGGUGCAGCAGGAACCACCCACCAAGCCUCGCUUCACCACCGGACUGGUGUAUGACACGUUGAUGCAGAAGCACCAGUGUAUGUGUGGCAACACCAACACACACCCAGAGCAUGCCGGACGCAUCCAGAGCAUCUGGUCUCGACUCCAAGAGACAGGACUGAGGGGCCAGUGUGAGUGUAUACGGGGGCGGAAAGCCUCACUGGAAGAACUGCAGACGGUUCACUCUGAGGCCCACGUCCUUCUGUAUGGAACCAACCCACUUCGACAGAAACUAGACAGUUCAGUUACUCCCAUGUUUGUGAGGCUGCCUUGUGGAGGGGUGGGGGUGGACAGCGACACCAUUUGGAACGAGGUCCACUCGUCCAGCGCUGCUCGUCUAGCUGUGGGCUCCGUCGUGGAGCUUUGCUUCAAAGUGGCGGCUGCAGAGCUCAAGAAUGGUUUUGCUGUAGUCCGGCCCCCUGGACACCAUGCAGAGGAGAGUACACCUAUGGGAUUCUGUUACUUCAACUCAGUGGCCAUCGCUGCUAAACUCUUGCAGCAGAGGCUCAGUGUCAGUAAGAUCCUGAUUGUGGAUUGGGAUGUUCACCAUGGCAACGGCACGCAACAAGCAUUCUACAGUGAUCCCAACGUUCUCUACCUGUCACUCCAUCGCUACGACGAUGGCAACUUCUUUCCUGGCAGUGGAGCGCCUGAUGAGGUGGGCACUGGGGCAGGUAUGGGCUUCAAUGUGAACAUGGCUUUCACCGGGGGACUGGAACCACCCAUGGGAGACGCAGAGUACCUGGCUGCCUUCAGGACGGUGGUGAUGCCCAUCGCCAACGAGUUUGCCCCCGACGUGGUGCUGGUGUCGUCUGGCUUCGAUGCCGUGGAGGGCCAUCCGUCACCCCUGGGAGGGUACAGGCUGACGGCCAAAUGUUUUGGAUACCUAACCAGGCAGCUGAUGGGGCUAGCCGGAGGCCGCAUGGUACUGGCCCUGGAGGGGGGCCACGACCUCACUGCUAUUUGUGACGCCUCCGAAGCCUGCGUCUCUGCUCUGCUAGGAAUCGAGUUGGAUCCUAUCCCUGAGGAGGUGAUGCAGCAGAGACCCAACCCCAACGCUGUUCACUCCAUGGAGAAGGUGCUGGAGGCACACAGUAAAAACUGGCGCUCUCUUCAGCGCGGGGCCUCCACGCUGAGCUACUCUCUGAGCGAGGCUUGCCGGUGUGAGACGGAGGAGGCCGAGACCGUCACCGCCAUGGCCUCCCUCUCUGUGGCCAACAAGCAGAGGAAGAGCGAGGAGGAGCCUAUGGAGGGCUGACCAAGCCCCCUUCACCAUUCAGAGACCCUCAAAGGUCUCCAAUUUAGGACUCCCAUUUAGUACUCAGCCAACCUCCAUUUCAAUUUGACCCCACCCCUUGGCCCCACUCGCACCCUGUCCAGGAGGCGCACCAGCCCCGGGGGGGCAGGGGGCAUCGUAUAAAACGACUCGGUAUGAAACGGAAAUGGAAGACGUCACGAUCUCACUCGCCCCGAGUGUUCGGACUAAAACGCCCCCGAUGUGUGGUUCCUUCUCUACGUGGGGAGGCAGAACACAAGGAGCGCCGUUUUGUCAGGUCUUUACUCCAGGACCGGUGGGAUCUAAGGUGACUUUGAAUCAUCCCACGCUGGCAACAUUGAGUGUCUGUGCUUCUUUGGAACACUCAGCAGUACACUCGCUACGUUCGAAGUACUGCUCCAGACACAGAAUUUCUCUCCUUUCAUUUUUUUUCUUUCUGUCGUUUGUUCCUUUGCCCUCUUCCGUUCACCGCAACCGAGCCCUGUGAUGUCAUUACUACUUUGUUUUACGAAUGUUUGAUUGUUACCAUUCAUGAAAGACUUUGAGAAAGGAGAGAUGUCGCAGGGUUUGCUGAUAUUUCUUGGCACGUUUCUCGAUUGGCAAAAAUCAGGCGUUUUCUUUUGUUUGUUGCAGAAGAGGAAAGGUAUGGAGCGAGGAAAAGAGAAGGGGAACACGAUGGACAGGUGACCCGGGGCCUCAUUUAUCAAAGGUGCGUGCGCACAAGAAAUAGUCUGAACCUUGCGGGCGCCAGUUUUCACGCAAAGGUUGGUGUUUAUCCAUUUUGAACUCGAUGGGAAAGUGUGCGUAUAUCCACUGAAAUCUCAGACCAUGCGCACUCACAACUUCUAGUGGUUCAGCAACUGUAUUGCAAGCAAAUAUGAUUAUUUUGGGGGGAAAUUGAGGUGUUUGAGGCACGGGAAUUUAUAAUAAUGGUAGGCUAAUAAAAACAUUAAAACAAAGGCCUAAUGAUAAAACAGAUACAUUUGCCAUUGGUAAGGAGAUUACAUAGCAGCAUGUUCCCUAAUAUAGUUAUUUUACUUUUAUUAUAUAGGUCUAAAUCAUAAUCAUAUUGCGGGACGUCUCCUUUUCUGACAUGACUGGUUUAUUUCUGCUACACAACAAAUAUUACGCUACCAUUUAGCCAUCUCUCAUUCAAUAGCCAAGCAUGCUUGAAAGUAAAUAGUCCGGUAGCCUAUGACAGUAUAGCUAGGCUAAAGUAUUCUUGUGCGACAGGAGCGCGACAUCGCAGCCCAUUUAAUCUCAGAGACGAUGCCAAAGCAGGAAACAUAAACACAAUCAUGUAUUGAUGAAGGAAAUAUUGAACAACAACUCUUAAGUCUGGGCUCUGAGCAGCAUUUACUUUUCAAUUGUUCAAUAGACAAUCCAUCUUGCCGAAUACAUGGCCGGUGUUUGGCACGCUCUAUAGUUUAAAAAAAAGUCACAGCAAAAGAUGAAAACAUUCGGCCCACACCUCUAACAGAAAUGUGAUCACAUUUACCAUUGCACUUUCUUUUAGACUAUCACGGCCCAGUUCCAAUGUCUCAACAUCAUACAGCAGAUGAUGGUGUUUUUGUUACCAAUGAAGGUGAAUGGAGGGCAUUUUGCCAGGCAGGGUUGUAACGCUCGUUCAGCAGCGCGCAAAUAUAGUAUGGCUCUGAUUAAUCAAUGAAAACAUGUGUAUAUGUUGCGUGCAACAGUUUGAUAAAUCCCAAUCAUUUUGUUCUGCACACAAAUCCUAGAAUGUCCACGUACGGUAGGAUUGAGUAAGAAAUGUACGCAAUGGUUGAUAAAUGAGGCCCCGGGUCUUCUGGUUUGAGAUGACAGACUGUAAAAAGACGGUGAGUUUGUGCCUUUUUCAGUUCCUGCCUGGUGGAUUUCACGACGAACUCAAGACCAAGAGCUUUGCCUUAAAUUUGUUUUGGAGGGAGAGAGGUGUGCCCUCCUAUCGCUCUCACGUCUCAUCUCCUUUUGUGGUAGCGAGACUGGCGAUGCCAAAACGAUGGCACAUAGACUGGAGGCCCUUGGCAUGUUUACCCUGACUUCCCUGGAGCCUACUGUCCCGUUUGACCUUGUUGUCAGUGCUUGACUUGGGCAGGAGCUCCCCGCAGCUGACUACCGGCACACAAAAUCCAAGUCAAACACUACUUGUCGUAACCCCUUUACUCUCGUUUAGAAGGUAGUUGCCGUGCUACACAGGGACUGACAUGGUUGAGUCUUUUUCAGUGGAACGAGAGCCUUCAAUGUUUGAAACGUCAGCCAAUGAUGUGGCUUUCUUCUGGUAUAUAAACCCUUUACCAAAUACACGCCACCUCUAAGAAAGAGUUAGCUAGCAUGCACUGUAGUCUGUUCUAGAGAGAUUUGCCAUUUUAAACUAGAAUGCUGUUCAAAAAUAGUAGUAGUAAGACAAGAAAUGAUGCCAAAGCGUGACGUUGCUAUCAGCUCAAUAGUCUGUUGCCACGUAGUAUUGUAGCCAUAUAGGACAGAUAUUGCUAUCAUGACUUUACGUUCAAAAUUGUUCUCUGUGAGGGAAUUAUAGCAGUUGACCAAUUUCUAUCUCACACACCUCACCCUUCAAAACGUUCAGGCGCUCUUACCUUCAUUUAGGGGCUCUACCCACAAUUAGCCGUUCAUUUGGCUUUGUUCACAGAGAUAAACAACUCACGAGUCUUUGUUACCAUGGUGACAGAGCGGUUAGACAGAACAAAGAUAAACAAUCAAAUCUCAUGAGUCUUUGUGUUACCAUGGUGACAGAGCAGUUAGACAGACGUGUACCACCUUUGUGAGUUUACAGAGGGGAGCAAGUGGCACCCAUAUUCUCUGACAUUUGAUCCACGCUCCUUGUUAGGCACAGCUGCUCACCAAGUGUCAGGUGCUACUGUGUGUGUGUGUGUGUGUGUGUGUGUGUGUGUGUGUGUCACAUGUCACAAUCCAGUAAACAAACCCUUUAUACAUUGACACAGUCAUCAUAGCUACUGCUAGGUGUGUGUUUUUAGGUACAGGAAAGUGUUUUUAACCUUGUGUGUGAGACGCAUUAAAUAACUGUCUCUAACUACAUACAUUUGACUUAGUUCACAAACACCUAUAUCUCAGAAUGCAGAGAAUGAGUGAAAGUAGUGAUCUGAAUAAGUUUUUUUGAAACCCCCCCCCCCCCCCCCAACUCAUGUUUCGCCUCCUGGCAACUACCUUCGACAUUGUUCCAUUGACAUCAUAAUCACUUUUUCCUACUGUUGGUAAACGAGGAAGAAAUGAGAAGAUUCUGCAUUGAUCUUUCCUUGAGAUGUUUCCACCACGAUUGUUUUGAUGACUACUCCAUUCGUGUUGUUUUUACCCAUCGUUGUCUCUUUUUUUCUCUCUUUCUGUUUAUGUCCUUGUUGUCUUUAGAAGUGGACUCUUUGGUUUUUGUACUUUUUAGUUGUUUUCCUGUCAUUUUGUAUUCGUUUGAGUUCUUUCUCUCUCUUACACUUUGUGCAGUUCCUUUUCAUGGUGAAAGGUUCUGGGGUUGUGAGGGGUGGGAUGGGGUAUGCAAAUAUUUCUACUUUGUAUAAUGAUUCCAACAAUUGUGUAUUUACUAUGCUGGCUGUUCAUGGUAGAUUUAUAUAUGACAACAAAUCUAUAAGUAUAUUAUAAGAAAUUGCAAUCUUGUUUUGGGAAAAGAACAUUUGAAUUGCAAAGUGAUAUGCUCAUGUUUCAUUCCCUGGUCUGGUUUGGCCCUUCCUGGUGUCGCUGAGGGCACUGUUCAUUAUUCCUGGCUGCCAUUGGCUGAGGGUUCAGUACAGUAGCAUCCCAUUUGGUGUCAGUUUCUCUACAGUGUACACCACUGACCUGGGCUCUAGUAAUACUUCCUGACACUACAUAGAGGAGUAGAAAGGCUGUCCCCAAACAAGGGCUUAGGGAAAUGACAAGUCCCUUGUCUCUUAUAUUUAAUUUCCUUCUCCUUUAAGACAUUGUGACAACCCACCCAUGUAAACAUGGGGUUACAGUGGAAUUUCACACUCUUACGUCGCUAACACUUUCUGACCUGCAACCAAACACUCUAGCUGUGUUUUGUCAAGACCUUCUGUGUACUAUCUAAGGAUGUGUAAUUCAGAAGCAGUAGCGGUGCGUGGAUAAAAUCACCGGGGAAGCCAAACCAGUAAACAAAAUGCCAUAUUACAACUUAUGUGUUGUGAUAAUUGCAUGGUUUGCUCUAUAACCUGUUAGUUCAUAGGCCUUGCCACCGUGAUAUAUAUAUAUAUAUAUAUAUAUAUAUAUAUACAUAUAUAUAUAUAUAUAUAUGCCUAAGGCCGAGACAAUAAGGAGACAAAGUGGCAGAAUAAAUUCAACCACAGCUUUGUUUCACCACAAAACCGGGGAGCAACAUCUAUCCAGUGGAACAUCUAUCCACCAAGUGUAUUGUGACAAACAUGACCUACAGCAUGGUCAAUCAAGUUGAUGUUUCUGACAUUUUUGGACUACUAAACAACUUGAUUUAGGACACCGGAGAGUUACCCAAGUUGCAAAGAAAACAGGAGCUGCCUCCACUAUUCUAGCACCAUUUCAACUUUAACAUUUAAAAAUCAUCAAAUCACCUCUGCUUAGUCUAAUAAAGUGACAACUAAAAUAUUCCAAAAACCAUUCAGUCCAAUCAACGUAAGCUAGAUAUGAUGUGUCUGUCCAUAGUACUGAUUUCUCUCUGUGUGUGUGUGUGUGUGUGCGCGCGCGUGUGUGUGUGCGUGUGCAAUGAAGUAGAAAAAAUUGUUGACUCACCCUACUUGUAGAGAAACGUCAAUGCCAUCCCCCUCUCUUGCCGAAACGGUUUAUGACUCUGUCAUACAGUACACGUUUUUAGUUUUGGUUGUCCUAGGCUGCCUGGCUAAAAUGCUUUGUCGCUAGCCUAACUUCCUUUCAUGGGCAUCAAUUAGCCAGCUAAUUAACAUUCACCAACUACAUCUAGCUAUAUAUUGAACUUCCAUCCUCUCAGGCCAGAGGCACAAUGUAUGGUUAGAACCGAAUUGCCGUUAUAAUCAUUGGCCAGUAUGGAUAAUUAGGUAAAACCACAAGUCCAAAUCCCUAUCUCCGUCCAUGACACAUUUAGGAAAGGGACAAUUUUAGCUAGCUAGCUAGCCACCAGAGGACAACAACACAACGAGAUGCAACAAUUCAAGUUUUUUUCUGUCAAUGACAUUUGGCUUUAUUUGAUGUGAUUAGUGUGAAGCAAAAUCCAAACUGACUUCCUUAACACUUUUUUUGGGGUAUGCCAGGACCAUUCACAGUUGAGCUCACUCAGUUUAGCUCAAGGCUGAUUGGCUGUUAUUGUGUAAAAAAAAAAUCAAGGAAGGUAUAUGCUCACUGGCUUCCCUUGAAUUCAAUGCAAUGGGCAAGAACAAUAUCAUACUAUUUUUGACCAGACAGCAUUGGAUAGGUGGCCUACACAUACAGAGACAGAACGGCACUGUUUCGCUCGCUUGGAUGCUUUUUCCGGUGAGAUACAUUUAGCCUCUUGCGAAUUGAAGGAAAAUGAUGAAACACAGAGAGACGAAAGAUAAAUGAUUUUAUAUGUUAUUUUUCUUCAAUUUUGGGGGAAGCCUGGCUUCCCUUUGCAUUCACGAAUACACGCCACUGUUUCCGAAGGGCCUGUCUUGGAAUGACAUGAUAAUUACACAAGGGUUUCCCUAUAAUGAUUAAUCACUAUAAGCCCAGGAGUUGUAGUUAACCCAUCAAAAGUCCCCCCCUCACCCUUUGACCUCAUCCAGCCCAAACUGCUCCCCUCUGACGGCUGUAGCAGAUGACUAGUGAGGUCAAGGGUCAUCUCAAUGGAUCCAGUCCCAGCCAAGGGGGUGGAGUAUGAAUUAAUAGUCAAGUGUGCGUCACAGUUGUGGUGGUUGUUAUUGUAUUGGGGCACAAUAGUAACCGAUCAUCCAGAGCUCUCCCAGAAUGCACCAGCCUGAGCAAUUGGUAGUUGUGGUUUCGUCACUUGUAUUCAAGCAAUCUUUCUCAAAGGGACUUUAUACUAUCUGGUUAUCAUAGUGUCCAGAUAGUCAUUUGAAUAUUCUCGUGCUCUACAGACAUUCCAUUUGUUUUUGUUUUUUUAUUUGUUUUAUCGUCUGUGUUUUUUUUUCUUCUUUUUUUUCUUCUGUUCUCACAAAAAGGCCUGAGGAUUGUCUGUAGUUUUUUUUUCUGCACCAUUCCUCUUCCACCACCUCUAACUUUCUCUGCAUGGUUUGUGUGUCUGCAUGCCUGUCUCUGUCCCUGUAACUUAUCUGCACAAGGAAAAAAAGCACUGAAUGGACAGAAGUACGUUUUUACUACAGCAUCAGGAUUCGGGAGCUCAGCAUGACACGAGAACUUGUUUUUUUGCAACCUCUUUUUUUUCCCUCUCCCAACAUUGACGAUGAGGAAGAACGGCGCUCCAUGUCGGUCUGACAGAUGUGCUUUUUACACGUAAAAAAAAUAAAUAUCAACAGCAAACAGAACGACUUUUAACAUUUUACAACAUCUUUAUCUAGCGCUUGUGACAUACAGACAAUAGAUUUUAUCGUAUUUGUGCACAACAACAAACACACACAAAAAAAAACGUUUUAGGGAAACUAAACUGCGGAGGCAACAGGAGAGACCAACUCAUUGUAUCAUUUGAAGUUGGGACGGGGAGACGUUUUGUUUCCGAGGCAUCUGGAGAUAUCAAAGGGCUCUGUACCCGAUGAAUGGUCUAUAUCGUCGUCAGGGUUGUCCAUUCCACUUCAGCCAGUAAUAUCUGUGACCACUGUGGUAAAAAAAAGAACAGUUAUAGGUUUACAAAAUGCAUCUGUUACGAAAUGCAUCUGUUUUUAUAUUGUUUUCUUUUGACUCUUGUUCUCUCCAUUGUUACAGAAUAGUACUUUUCCCCCCCUCGGGACCUUAGCUCUAACAUUUUCUCUUUUGACAUCUACACUAUAAAGUAUAACGUUUUGGAAAAACCA